AUGCGUUCACUCGCUCUUCUUAGUCUCUCGGCCCUGGCUGCAGCGGCCAUCACACCACAGAACAUACUGGAUCAGGAUGAAGUCAUCGAGAGGGAGGCGGGCCGGGAAUACACCGUGAAACUGGGAUGCGUCGGAUGCCCUGUUCGUGCCUGGACGAGCCCUGAAAAGGCGGAAUGGCUACAUCCGUCUCCAAACAGCUCGCUAGUGGGUUUGCUCAAGUUCGACAUGACCGAGUUCAGCGAUGCGUUACUCCUCAACGGCAAUCGCAUCUUCCCCCUGGACCCCAUGCCCCUUCAUAUCAAUGCCGUACAGGUAUCCACCAAUAUACAGCAGGACGAGAUGGAAUCCGGAGACAAAGACAACGACACAUUGGAGCUAAACAAGCACAGGAGAAUGAUGUUUCCGCUCCAAUACCAGCAUACCAUCUUUCGCGCUCAAAAGCCCGAACACUUGUGGCUUCAAUUCAACGUGACUGGUCUGCCCUGGGGAGAAGGACCUGAGCCGAUCAAGAUGGGUCAGAAGGUCGUUCAGAUAUUAUUACACAAGGAAUAUGAUGAGCACCUUGUGUAUGACAAGAACUUGGGCGGUCCCUACAUCCUCUCCAUCCAAGACGUACAAGUUGUUGAGGCAAAGAACAGAAUGCAACCACCUAGGAUGAAGUGUGGAAAGCUGGCUAUGGUGCAAACGUCGUUCGAUCCAAGCGAAUGGGACGAGUAUGGCAAAAUUGGCACGUGGUCGAGAACCUGGAACUUCUUCGUUGGUAAGAUACAGCUUGGAGGAAACACCCUGCUUCUUCCGCUCUUUGCACUGGUUGCGGCUAGCCUCAUCAUGGCUCGUCGCCUGUUUUUGCGAAGGCAGCAGGAAAAUACAGGCACCGAUUCGGAUGCUGAGACUGCUUUGUUGGGCCGCGACGCACCUCCACCGUACGCAGACAUCCCGGUGAUCAAGAUUGAAGAGUAUGAUUACUUGACCGGCUUUGCACUUUACUUUUCCCUUCUAUCAGCGACCAUGUCUGUCAUCAUCGAGCAAUACAACAAGGAAUGGCCGCAGCAAUUCGAAAGUAUCAAGUCGGAGUUGGAACAUUACCUUCAGGACGUCGACUACCUAUCGAUCCAACACGUGGGUAGCACAUCAGUGCCUGGCCUUGUCGCCAAACCUAUCAUCGAUGUUGACAUCAUAGUUACUCGCGACAAUGUCCAGCCUGCUAUCGACACUCUCAUAGCGAAGGCAAAGUUCGACUACCUUGGGGAACUGGGUAUCGAGGACCGUCAUGUCUUCAAUGACCCCAACCAGUCUUUGCGCCAUAACAUCUAUGUGUGCGUCGACGGUGUUGCACAAACGCGCAAUCAUCUCAGCUUACGUGACACGCUACGCUCAAACGUCGAGUUGAGGGAUGAACUUGCACGUGUGAAGCUCGAACUUGCAGCCAAGACAAACAACAUCAUCGACUAUAUGAUUGGCAAGGGAAAUGUCAUUCAGAAGAUACUCAAAGCCUCUGGUGUUCUGACAAAGGAAGAACUCGCAGCAAUCGCCCGCGCAAAUAUAAAAGGCGAACGCUUUGGCGCCAUCAAAACACGUCGUUUGCUCCUCCGCGAAUUCGUCAUGAAGGAUGAGGAAAGCUACUUUCUUCUCGAGGGAAACGAGCAAAACGCACGUUAUCAGGAAUGGCCCCCACGUACACGCCAAGAAGCUCGUCAGCUCGUCCUGGAGAACAUUCGCAACCACAACGAUGUGCCCCGGACCAAGUACGAACUUGCCGUCGAAAACCUCGACGAGCAGUUCAUCGGCCGCGUAGGCGCCAAGACGUCUCAAGCAAACUCUGACUCCCUACCAGGAGAAACCACCAUCAAGCCAGUCACCCGUGCCAACCUCUGGUUCUCCUUCUUGCCUUCUAUGCAAGGUCAAGGUUUCGCAACCGAAGCCAUGACGGCUUUCAUUGAUGCUCUGAAGGAACGACUGCAGGAUCAAGGGAAACUAGAAAUGGAGAUUGAGUGUGAUCCAAGGAACGAGGGAAGCUGGAAGUUGGCAGAAAGGCUGGGAUUUGAAAGACACAGCCUCACGAAGGAGAAAGAGAUGAUCAAGGGGGAAUGGGUGGAUAGUCUGGUCAUGAAGAAGGUCGUUGGGGACGUGCCAUAUGCAGCAAAACAU